GUACAUGAAGUAUUCGCAUUGACUGAACAAUCUUAUUUAUUUAAAUCAUUCAUCAUUUCAUUAUUUUGUUUAAUACUUUAAACUGAGUUUUUUUUAUGGCUGUACGCUUAAAGGCAAUCAAGUCACCUUCAGACCAGCUCUCUUUAACAAACUGUUUCAUUGUCAACCCGAAAGACUUUCCCCAAGAAGAGACACAGCAUGUAGAGUUGAUAAGUCCUGGUUAUAAAAAAGGCAUUAUUUAUUCUCUCAUCAAAACAACUGACGUUAAAUCAGGAACGAUCGGUGUCACUUUGAUUCAGAGAAAAUGGACAGAAAUAGCCUUAAAUAAUGAUGUGGAAGUUAAACCAUACAAGUUUCCUCAUGGCUCUAAUCUCAACAGCAUUACAUUUGUAGCAGACUUUCUACAAAAGAAACAAUCAAUACCAGAACCCUAUGAUACAGAUAAGAUGUCUGAUGCAUUUGUUGAUCUGUUCUGUAAUCGUGCCUUUUGUGAAAACGAGCCAUUGGUCUUUACAUAUGAAGGCAAGAAGUAUCUGCAAUUAAGGACAACUAAGAUGGAUGUCUUAGAUGCAAAGAAAGCUCUUGGAUCAGAUUCUAAUAUUGAAUUGAAAAAUGUUGAAAAGGGUUUAGUAUCAGGCAAUACAAAAAUCAUCUUCGAAAAAGCAGAGGGUUCAGCUUUAAACUUGGUUGGAAAAUCAAAAGGCUCAUCAGCAAUGCAAUCUAUCAUCAGCAAAGAAUGGGAUUUCACAAAGUUAGGGAUUGGUGGUCUUGAUAAGGAAUUUUCCACCAUCCUUCGAAGAGCAUUUGCCUCACGGCUUUUCCCGGAUUUAGCGGAGAAUAUGGGUGUAAAACAUGUCAAAGGUAUUUUAUUGUAUGGCCCUCCAGGAACUGGUAAAACAUUAAUGGCAAGACAGAUUGGAAAAAUGUUGAAUUGCCGCGAACCAAAGAUUAUUAGUGGGCCAGAGGUUCUUAACAAGUAUGUUGGUGAAUCAGAGGCAAAUAUAAGGAAGCUAUUUGCUGAAGCCGAAGACGAACAGAAAAAACAUGGCAUAAACAGUGGUCUUCAUCUCAUUAUUUUCGAUGAAUUCGAUGCUGUUUGCAAAUCCCGAUACAGUUAUGGUUCUGGAGGAACCGGUGUCCAGGAUUCUGUAGUAAAUCAGUUAUUAGCGAAGAUCGACGGUGUUGAACAGUUAAACAACGUUCUUCUUAUUGGAAUGACUAACAGAAAGGACUUGAUCGACGAUGCUUUGUUGCGUCCUGGGAGAAUGGAAGUUCAACUUGAAAUAUCUUUGCCUGACGAAGCUGGUCGUCUUCAGAUCCUUCAGAUUCACACGCGAUCUUUGCGCGAAAACAAACUUCUCGGCGACGAUGUUGAUCUCAAAGAGCUCGCCGCUCAAACCAAGAAUUUCAGUGGUGCUGAGAUCGAGGGCCUGGUACGAGCUGCUCAAUCAAACGCAAUGAACAGAUUUAUCAAGAUGGGCACGACGCUCGAGGUUGCUCCAGACGCCACCUCUAAAAUUAUGGUCAAACAAGGGGAUUUUAACUACGCGCUUCAAUACGAUAUUAAGCCGGCUUUUGGAGCGAGCGAUGAAGAUUUGGAAUAUUUUGUGGCAAACGAUAUAAUUCACUGGUGUCCGAAGAUUGAGCAGAUUAUCUCGGACGGCAAACUGUUAAUUGAACAAACAAGGUCACAUGAUGGCUCCAUGGGACCACUUAGUGUGUUAUUCUCAGGUCCUGUUGGCUCAGGAAAGACCGCCCUCGCAGUAAACAUGGCAUUGUCUUCCGAAUUUCCUCUGAUUAAAAUGUGCAAUCCAAGGAGCAUGAUUGGUUUUUCAGAGCAAGCGAAAUGCAACGCUAUUAAGAAGGUUUUUGAUGAUGCGGAUAAGUCUGAACUUAGCUGCGUGAUCUUAGAUGAUAUCGAGAGUUUAUUGGACUAUGUUCCAAUUGGUCCGAGAUUUUCAAACAUCACUCUACAGGCUCUAUUGUCCUUACUUAAAGUGAAACUACGGGAGGGAAAGAGGUUGCUUAUUAUUGGCACGACAAGUUGUAAGCAAGCACUUGAUGAUAUGGGUCUUGUUAAAGUAUUCAAAAGAGUUCUUCACGUUCCUGGUUUGUCGUCAGCAGAACAGCUCAUCACAGUUCUGAAGACGAGGGAAUUGUUUGAUACAACCGAAUUAGAAACCAUUCGUCAUGAAAUUGGCAAACGAAAAUUGUGGAUCAGUGUAAAGAAUUUAAUCAUUCUAGCUCAACUUUCUGUUCGGACACAGGCCUCGCUAAGAGUACAGAAGUUCAUUUCUCUUCUUGAGUCCGAGGAAUGGCUGAAAGAUUUUGAAGAGUAACAAUACGAUGAAGAAAUUUUACUAAUAUGGACCAUAUACAAUCAUUAUUUUAAGUACAACCAAUACAGUGAUCUCUACAAUGACUUAACUUUUUACGUAUAGCUUAUUCCGUCAAAGUUCUACACUAUAAUAAUUGACAAUUCUUAAAACUA